AUGUCUCUGCAGAACAUCUCGAAAUCUGCUGUCCGUGUGGGCAAGAAUUACAUCAAAGGCUACUCAGACGUGCAGGUCAAGGUCCGCGAUGCCACCUCCAACGAUCCUUGGGGCCCUAGCGGCACCCAGAUGAACGAACUUGCGCAGCUCUCCUACAACCAAACCGAGUUCAUCGAGAUGAUGGAGAUCCUCGACAAGCGCCUCAACGAUAAAGGCAAGAACUGGAGACACGUCUUCAAAUCGCUCACCCUUCUCGACUAUCUGCUCCACGCCGGUUCGGAAAACGUCGUGAUCUACUUCCGCGACAACAUCUAUAUUGUCAAGACGCUCAAAGAGUUCCAGUACAUUGACGAGGUCGGCAAGGAUCAAGGCGCAAACGUCCGACAAAAGGCCAAGGACAUCACCAAUCUGCUUCAGGAUGAGGCACGUCUGCGCGAUGAGCGUCGUUCGCGAUCUCACAUGCGCGACCGCAUGUCCAACGGUGGUGAUGACGAUGAGGACGAAAGGAGACGUAGACGCGCAGAACAGGAGCGCAACCGUCGUCGACCCAACAACAACGAAGACGACGAGCUGCGACGUGCCAUCGAAGAGUCGAAGCGCAUGGCGCAGCAGGAGCAGGAUCGUAUUCGUGCCGAGGCAAAGGACGAGGAUGAGCUCCAGCGAGCGCUCGCCCUCUCGAAAAAGGAGGAGGAGGACAGAAUUAAGGCGCUCGAGGAGGCCAACAAGAACGCCCUCUUUGACGACUCGAUCAACCUGGAUGGUCCCAACGCUUAUACCCAGAACCAGCAGGUUGAUUUCUUUGGCAAUCCGCUCGUCGACACGUCGGGCUCGCAAAACUACGGUCUGCAGCCUCAGUACACGUCAUUUAACCCGUACAUGCAGAUGCAGGCUACCGGAUACAACCCUUUCCUGCAGAACCAGCUGCAGCAGCAGGAGCUCAUGCAGCAGCAGUACUUGCAGCAGCAACAAGCCGAGUACCAGCGUCAGCUUGAGCUGCAGCAGGCCGCGGUGCAGUAUCAGAACAUGAUGACGCAGCAGCAGCAGCAGCAGCCGCUUCAGCCGCAGCAGACCUCGUUUGGAUCCAACAACCCGUGGCUUCAGUCUGGCCAGCAGCAGCAGCAGCAGCCGCAGCAGCAGCAGUCGCAACACAAUGUGCCCGUGGGAGAUUUGUUCUCGUCUGCGCCUACGCCUCCUCCUGCGCAGCCUGCGCCGCAACCCGCUCCACAAGCGGAAGCGCAGCCGUCGCCGCAGCAGAAUCGACCCGUCCGUGCCAAGGUCAACGACGACGGCAAGUACAACGAGCUGAACCGUCUGCUUGCGCUCGGCGAUGGCGUUGACACGUUUGGCAACACGGGCGAUAUGAGGAUGGGUCCCAACAUUGCGCACUACAACCAGAUGCGCGCGCAGAAGACGGGGAUGAACUUCAACGCCAACACGGCGGGAGGUCAGCAGGGCGGUGGUGCGGGUGGUGCGGGUGGCGACAACAAUCCUUUCUUUAAGGUUUGA